AGUAGCACACUACUUUCAUUAAUUUUGGUUCUGUUCAAAACAUCAACACGCACCAACAACGAACAAUGAUUCUCUCUUACGCCCUCCUUGUUUUCCUUACACUACUCUUUUUCAUCUUAACAUUUAGAAAAUCAGAUCUACAAAAAAACCUUCCUCCUGGCCCACGGAAACUACCAUUCAUCGGCAACCUUCACCAAAUUGGCGAGCUCCCCUAUCUAUCGCUUCAAGAAUUAUCAAGUCAUCAUGGGCCACUCAUGUUCUUGAAGUUGGGUUCUGUUCCUACUUUGGUGGUCUCUUCGGCCGAGAUAGCCAAAGAGAUCUUCAAGAACCAUGACUUGGCCUUCUCCGGCCGCCCCAAACUUUAUGCCGGAAACCGUUUGGGAUACAACGGAUCAGCUAUGACUUUCACUCCUUAUAGUGACUACUGGAAGGAAAUAAAGAAAAUUGUGAUGUUGGAGUUGCUGAGUGCAAAGAGGGUUCAAUCUUUUCAAGCUGUGAGAUUUGAAGAGGUUCAAGUUCUCCUCCAUUCCAUAGCACUUUCCUGCGGUAGUCCUGUUAAUCUAAGCCACUUGACGCUUUCUCUUACCAAUAAUAUCGUUUGUCGGAUUGCAUUCGGCACAAGAUUUGGGGAUGCAAGUAGUAAGUUCUAUGAGAUGCUUAGGGAAACACAGGAGUUAUUGGGAGGAUUCUGCUUGGCUGAUUUCUUUCCUUGGUUGGGAUGGCUCAACAAAUUCAACGGUUAUGAGAGUAGGCUAGAGAAGAACUUCAAAGAGUUGGAUAACUUCUAUGACAAAGUAAUAAAGGAGCAUGCAGUUAAUAAUGAUGAUUCUCAUCAGGGGCUUGGUGUUAUGGAGCAACAUGAUGAUGAAGAUCUUGUUCAUGUUCUUCUUCGACUUCAAAAGGAUUCAAAUCAAGAGAUAGUCCUCAGCGAUGACCAAAUCAAGGGUGUUCUAACAGACAUUUUCAUAGCUGGAACCGACACGGCAGCAGCCACAAUGAUAUGGACAAUGUCGGAGCUAAUAAGGAACCCAGAGAAAAUGGAAAGAGCACAACAAGAGGUAAGAGAAGUAGUCUUGUCGAAGAAAAAAGUUAUGGUGGAAGAGAGUGACCUUCCAAUGCUUCCAUACCUCAAAUCAGUAGUAAAAGAGGCACUAAGAAUCCAUCCUCCAGCACCACUCCUCGUCCCAAGAGAGACAAUCCAACCCUGCACCAUCAAAGGGUAUGAAAUCCCUGCCGGAACGAGGGUUUUCAUCAACGCGAAAACCAUAGCAAUGGACCCAACUUGUUGGGAGAAUCCAACGGAGUUCUCUCCGGAGAGGUUCCUUCAUAGUCCAAUUGAUUUCGGAGGGCAUCACGUUGAGAUGUUGCCCUUUGGAGCUGGACGGAGGGGCUGCCCUGGAGUGAACUUCGCCAUGCCAUUGGUUGAGCUUUCUCUGGCGAAUCUUUUGUUCCGUUUUGAUUGGAAACUGCCAGAUGGAGUCGGAAGGGAAGAGCUUGACAUGCAAGAAGCAAUUGGCAUUACAAUGCACAAGAAAUCUCCUCUUUGCCUCAUACCUUCCCCCUCUUUUGCUUAGUAUCUAUUUUUCUUGUUAAGUUACCAAAUUCAGUCAUUAAAUAUAAAAUAUAUAUUAAUAAUAAAUUAAAUAAUAAUUUUAGUGUACAAAUAAUAUUUUUAUUUUUUUAUC